AACAUCAGCAAUAAACAUUAUCAGAAGGCCUGGGAUGAGGUCAAGGCAAAAAGCUACGACUUAAGAGCUGAUGCCAUUCCCAUCAAACACGCCAAGGCUUCCAGAGACAUUGCUAGUGAGUACAAGUACAAAGAGACGCACGAGAAGCAGAAGGGCCACUACAUCGGGUGCCGAACUGCCAAGGAGGAUCCCAAGCUGUCGUGGGCUGCGCGUGCCAUGCUGCUGCACGACCGGCUCUACAGGAAGGCGUCCCACGACUCCAAGGCCCAGGUCCACAUCCAUGCGGAUGCGAUGUCGGUGCAGGCAGCCAAGGAGUGCCAGACGCUGGUCAGUGACGUUGACUACCGCCACUACCUUCACCAGUGGACCUGCCUGCCCGACCAGAACGACGUGAUCCACGCGAGGAAGGCCUACGACCUACAGAGUGAUGCUGUCUAUAAGGCAGACCUAGAGUGGCUCCGUGGAAUCGGCUGGCUGCCUAAUGACUCUCCGGAUGUUCGGAGGGUGAAGCAUGCCCAGGAUCUCCUGAGCGACAACGUCUAUCGUACACCUAUCGAGAGCCUGAAGUACACCAGUGUUGUGGAUUCUCCAGACGUUGUGCUAGCUAAAGUGAAUGCCGAACAAGUCAGCAUUCCUAAGUACAAAGAAGCCUGGGAAAAGGACAAGACUAUGAUCCAUAUUAUGCCAGACACACCUGAAAUCAACCUAGCCAAGACUAAUGCUGCUAAUUAUAGCCAGAAACUGUAUAAAGAAGCUUGGGAUGAGUUGAAGAUAAGUUAUGAUUUGAGAGCAGAUGCCAUCCCAAUCAAGGCAGCCAAAGCUUCCAGAGAGAUUGCUAGUGAUUAUAAAUACAAACUGGAUCACGAGAAGCAGAAAGGACAUUACGUUGGAGUUCCAAAUGCAAAAGCAGAUACGAAAAUGCAGUUUGCCCUCGGCAUAGGCAAAGUUCAGAGUGAACUAGAGUACAAGAAGCACUUUGCCAAAUGGAAGACGCAGUGCCACCUACCAGCAGACAUGCUAUCUAUCAUAUCAGCUAAACACGGGCAGUCUUUGGUCAGUGAUGUUGAUUACCGUCAUUACUUGCACCAGUGGAUCUGUCUUCCAGAUCAGAAUGAUGUCAUACAGGCUAGGAAAGCCUACGAUCUUCAGAGUGAUGCCAUUUACAAAUCUGAUUUAGAAUGGCUACGGGGUAUUGGAUGGUUGCCAAAUGAUUCGGUUGGAAUCAACCAUGUCAAACACGCUGGAGACCUCUUGAAUGAGAGAAAGUACCGUACAAAAGCUGAAACUCUUCCAUUUACUCCAGUGGCAGACAGAGUUGACUAUAUCACAGCAAAGAACAGUGGCGAAAUUCUUAGUGAUGUUAAAUAUCACAAAGCAUGGAAUGAGGUCAAGUCAAAUUAUACUCUAACAGAUACACCACAGCUCGAUAUGGCCCGUGAGGCAGCCAGAAUUCUUAAUCAGAAUUUAUACAAGGAAAGCUGGGAGAAAGAAAAAGCCACUGGUUACCUCUUACCUCCUGACACUGUGCAGAUCAGUCAUGCCAAGCGCUCUAAUGAUGUCCAAAGUGAGCUUAAAUACAAAGCUGACUACGUCAAACAAAGAGGUCACUACGUUGGAGUUCCCAGCAUGAGAGAUGAUCCGAAACUGGUGUGGUUUGAGCACGCAGGCGAGAUCCAGAACGAGAGAUUGUACAAAUCGGACUAUCACAAAACAAAGUCCAAAAUUCACAUCCCUCCGGAUAUGGUGUCAGUUGUGGCAGCAAAGGAAUGUCAGACCUUGGUCAGCGAUGUUGACUACCGCCACCACCUGCACGAAUGGACGUGCCAUCCUGACCAGAAUGACUGUAUUCAGGCCAGGAAGGCCUAUGACCUGCAAAGUGAUAAUAUUUAUAAAUCUGAUUUGGAAUGGCUUCGUGGCUGUGGCUGGAUUCCUCUGGACUCGGUGGAACACAAGAGAGUCAAGAAUGCACAGGAACUGAUAAAUAAGAAAACAUAUACGAAAGAAGCCCUUGAUAACUUUGCCAACUAUUCCAGUGUGGUUGACACUCCCGACAUUGUUUUGGCAAAGAUUAACUCUGUCAAUCAGAGUGAUCUAAAAUACAAAGAAACAUUUAACCUUGAGAAAGGCCAGUAUAUUGGGUCUGAUGAUACUCCUGCGCUGAACCAUGCCAGAGACAUGUCCUUACUAUACAGCGAUAAACUUUAUAAAAAUGCUUGGGAAAUCAGCAAGCCCAUUGGGUAUACUUUGGAUGAGAAGUAUAUUCCAGUUGUUGGAGCGAAGCAUGCGAACUACAUCAACAGUGAGCUUAAAUAUAAGGAAAUUUAUGAGAAGCUGAAAGGCCACUACCUGGCUGGGAAGGAGAUUGGUGAUUUCCCCAGUGUCAUUCAUUCCCUGGCCUUCCAGAAAAUGAGGAGUGCGUUGGCAUACAGAAAGAAUUAUGAAGACACCAAAGCAAAUGUCCAUAUUCCAAGUGACAUGAUGAAUCAUGUGUUAGCCAAGAAGUGCCAGUAUAUUCUCAGCGAUCUUGAAUACCGAACCUACUUCCAUCAGUGGAAUUGUUCACCUGAAGAAAAUGAUGUUAUUCAAGCCAGAAAAGCCCAGGAAAUUUUGAGUGAUGUGGUGUAUAAAGAUGACUUAAAUUGGCUGAAGGGACUUGGAUGUUAUGUCUGGGAUACCCCACAAAUCCUGCAUGCUAAAAAAUCGUAUGACCUCCAGAGCCAAAUAAAAUAUACAGCUGCAGGAAAAGAGAAUCUUCAGAACUUUGGUGUUGUUACUGACACACCUCUCUAUGUGACUGCAGUGCAGAGCGGUGUAAAUGCCAGUGAUGUGAAAUACAAGCAAGAUUACCACAAAACUAAGGACAAGUAUACAACUGUGACUGAAACAGUGGAUUCUGAAAGAGUUCAAAAUUUGAAACACCUCUUUAGCAAUAAUCUCUACAAGGAAGCCUGGGAAAAAGUGAAAGCAACUGGCUAUAUAAUGCCCUCGGAUGCGGUGUCCCUAGCACGUGCAAAAGAACUGAAGCAUAAUGCUAGUGUUGUAAAAUACCGAGAAGAAUAUGACAAGUUUAAAGCACUGUACACGCUACCCAGAGGUGUUGAGGAUGACCCCAAUACAGCAAGGUGCCUUAGAGUUGGAAAGCUUAAUAUUGAUCGUCUGUACAAGGAAGUCUAUGAAAAGAAUAAAGCCAAAGUCCACAUUAUUCCAGACAUGGUGGACAUAAUUUCUGCUAAGGAUGCGCAGAAGAAAAUCAGUGAAAUUGAUUACCGCACCCACCUCCAUGAAUGGAUCUGCCUGCCAGAUCUUCAAAUCAAUGCCCACGUUCGAAAAGUAACUGAUCAACUCAGCGAUGUGGUAUACAAGGAUGAUCUUAACUGGCUGAAAGGCAUUGGCUGCUUUGUUUGGGACACUCCUGAAAUUCUCCACGCCAAACAUGCCUACGAUCUUCGCAGUGAUAUUAAGUACAAAUCUAAGGCAGAAAAAAUGAAGAACGACUACACUGUGGUCAUGGACACUCCUGUCUAUGUCCAGAAUGUCCUCAGUGGCUUGAAUUCAAGUGAAGCUGUCUAUCGCAGUGAAUAUAUGCACAAUGUCAAAGGCAAAAUGAUUCCUACUGAUAAAACGGUAGAUUUGGAGCGGGCGUAUCAUGCCAACAAAAUACAGAGUGAAAAUUUGUAUCGCUGGGCUGGUGUGAGUGCUCUGCCUACUGGAUACAGCCUUCCCACCGACACCCCCAGCUUUCAGCAUGCUAAACACGUCCAGUACAUCGGCAGCGACCUGAAAUAUAAAGAAGCCUAUGAACACAUGAAAGCUAAAGGCUAUACUCUGGGACCUAAAGAUGUUGGGUUUGAAAACGUGAAGAAAGUGAAUCAAGUGAUUAAUGAGAGGUUGUAUCGGGCAACAUACCACAAGUACAAGGACAAGAUUCAUACCACUCCAGACACACCAGAAAUCCGUCAAGUCAGAGCAACACAGGAAGCCGUCAGUGAUUUAAUCUACAAGUCAGAUCUCUUUAAGAUGCAGGGGCACUUGAUUUCCCUGCCAUACACUCCUCAGGUGUUGCACUGCCGCUACGUUGGGGACAUCACCAGUGAUAAUAAAUACAAAGAGGAUCUGAAGUGGUUGAAGGGCUUGGGUUGCUUCCUGUAUGAUACUCCUGACAUGGUCCGUGCUCGUCACCUGCGUAAGCUUUGGUCUAAUUAUAUAUACACGGAUACCGCAAAGAAGAUGUGGCCUAAAUACAAUUUGGUGUUGGAUACUCCUGGAUACAGAGCGGGUCAGGAACUAAAAACUCAUUUGAGUGAACUGGUUUACAGAGCUGCAGGCAAGGAGCUGAAGACAAAAUACACUUCCGUCCUUGAUACACCUGACUUCUUAAGAGCCAAGCAAGGACAAAAAAUACAGAGCCAGUACUUGUAUGUGGAACUUGCCACCAGAGAGAGACCCCAUCAUCAUGCUGGCGGUCAGACUCCAGCCUUUACACAUGCUAGGCACGUGAAGGACAUGGUCAGUGAGAAAAAGUAUAAAAUCCAGUAUGAGAAGAUGAAGGACAAGUACACGCCUGUCCCCGACACGCCGGUCUUGAUCAGAGCCAAGAGAGCAUACCUGAAUGCCAGUGAUUUGCGCUACAAAGAAACCUUUGAGAAUACUAAGGGCAAGUACCACACAGUGAAAGAUGCGUUGGAUAUUGUCUAUCAUCGGAAGGUCACCGAUGAUAUUAGCAGUGUGAAAUAUAAGGAAAAUUAUAUGAGCCAGUUAGGAAUCUGGAGAUCAAUCCCAGACCGUCCGGAGCAUUUCCAUCAUCGUGCAGUCACGGAUGCUAUCAGUGAUGUUAAAUACAAGGAAGACUUAGCGUGGCUCAGAGGCACUGGCUGUUACGCGUGGGAUACUCCAAGUUUUGCUCUGGCGGAAAAGAAUAAGGUGCUCUACAGUGGGUGUAAGUACAAGGAGACAUUUGAGAAGACUAAGUCUCUUUUUAACUAUGUAGCUGACUCUCCAAUUAACAAGCAUUUUAAACAUGCAACUCAGUUGAUGGAUGGGAAAAAAUAUAAGUCCUUUGCCAAGAUGCUCCUGCAACAUGGAUGCAAUGAAAUUCUGAGGCCAGAUAUGCUGACAGCACUCUACAACACAUACUUAUGGAGCCAGGUGGAAUACAAAAAAGACUAUGAAAAGAAGAAGGACAAGUAUACUAUGGUUGUGGAUACUCCAGAACACUUAAGGACCACAAAAGUCAACAAACAGAUUAGUGAUAUUAUUUACAAGUUGGAAUAUAACAGAGACAAGCCCAAAGGCUAUACUACGAUCCAUGAUACCCCUAUGCUAUUGCACGUGCGCAAGGUCAAGGACAGAAUAAGCGAUCUGAAAUACAAAGAAGUGUAUGAGCGGAAUAAAUCUCACUGCAACGUCAUAGCAGAUUCAGUUCAUAUUAAGACUCCAAGGCACGCUUACAAGCUAAACAGCAACCUGGAUUAUAAGAAGAAAUAUGAAGCAGCCAAGGCUCAUUGGCACUGGAUCGCUGAUAGGCCUGACUUCGUUCAAGCAGCCAAGUCAUCUCUGCAACAGAGUGAUUAUGAAUACAAACUGGACCGGGAAUUCCUAAAGGGAUGCAAACUCUCUGUCACAGAUGAUAAAAACACAGUAUUGGCCUUAAAUAAUGCCAUCUUGGCGAGUGAUAUAAAAUACAAAGAGAAGCACAACAAAGCUCGAGGAACGUACCUUGUUGUUCCAGAUACACCUCAGAUCCUCCUGGCUAAGAAUGUCAGCUCUCUUGUAUCUGAGAACAAAUACAAAGAAUAUAGCAAGAAGCAGCUUCCACAUGGGUCUUACACAACCCUGCCAGAGACACGAGACACUGCUCAUGUGAAAGAGGUGACCAAGAAUGUCAGUGAGACAAACUAUAAAAAGAAGUUUGUGAAGGAGAAAGGCAAGUCCAAUUAUUCUGUCAUGCUGGAGCCUCCUGAAGUGAAACAUGCCAUGGAAGUUGCUAAAAAACAGAGUACAAUUGAAUACAAGAAAGAUGCCAAGUCAAAGCUCCACUACACACCUAUCGCAGAUCGACCAGAUAUUAAGAAAGCAACUCAGGCUGCCAAGUUAAUUAGUGAUAUUGAAUACAAGAAGCGUGGAGAAGCUGGCAUUGGCGUAACCAUGCUGGGCCGUCCAGAUAUUGAACUGGCAAAGGAGGUGUCCAAGCUGACUAGCCAGGCAGAAUACCUCAAACGACAUAUGAGAGGGCAUGGAGCUGCAUCUUAUGAUACCCCAUGGAUGAGAACCUUUAAGAAAGCUAAUAUGCUAAGUAGUCAUGUGAAAUACAAGGAGAAUUUCGCCAAAGACAUGGGUAAAAAGCCAAAGUAUGAUUUAAAGGAGGCGAAAAUCUACAAGACCAUGAAAGAUGCUCACAACAUGGCUAGCGAGGUGAAAUACAAGGCGGAUUUAAAGAAACUUCAUAAGCCUGUCACAGACAUGUCUGAAUCGCUGAUCAUGAACCAUGUCCUGAGCACCAGCCAGCUCGCCAGUGCUUACCAGUACAAGAAGCAAUAUGAGAAGAGUAAGGGUCACUACCAUGUGGUGCCAGAUAAUCUUGAACAGGUUCAUCUAAGGGAGGCAUCAGAACUACAGAGCCACGUGAAAUACAGAGAAAAGUAUGAGAAGGAAAAAGGAAAACCUAUGUUGGACUUUGAAACUCCAACAUACCUCACUGCAAAGGAAUCUCAGCUCAUGCAGAGUGAGAAAGAAUAUAAGAAGGACUUUGAAGAGUCCAUUAAGGGCAGAAACCUUACUGGCCUGGAGAUUACACCAUCCUUAUUACAUGUCAAAUAUGCAACCAAAAUAGCGAGUGAGAAAGAGUACAGGAAGGAUCUGGAGGAAGGUGUCAAAGGAAAAGGAUUAACAGCCUUAGAGGAGACUCCAGACAUGUUAAGAGCGAAGAAUGCAACUCAAAUCCUGAACGAGAAAGAGUACAAAAAAGCCUUGGACUUGGAAAUCAGAGGAAAAGGUCUGACAGAACUGGCUUUGGAGACACCAGAUUUCGUGAGAGCAAAGAAUGCCACUGACAUUGCCAGCCAGAUCAAAUACAAACAAUUGGCAGAAAUGGAGAAAGCCAACUACACCAGCGUUGUCGAUACUCCAGAGAUUAUUCAUGCCCAGCAGGUCAAGAACCUUUCGAGCCAGAAAAAGUACAAGGAAGAUGCAGAGAAGACCAUGCCGUACUAUGUGCCUGUAGCAGACACACCAGAAAUGCAGAGAGUCCGUGAGAAUCAAAAGAACUUUAGCACACUUCAGUAUCAGUGGGACCUACAGAACAGUAAAGGAAAAGUUACAGUUGUACAAGACACACCAGAAAUGCUGCGUGUGAAAGAAAACCAGAAGAAUUUCAGCUCGAUUUUAUACAAAGAAGAUAUUGGAACUGGAACUACUAUUGAAAAGACACCAGAGAUGCAGAGAGUUAAACGAACCCAGGAUGCAAUCAGCUCGAUUAAGUACAAGGAGAGUAUUGGGAAAGGAACUCCGAUUCCUGAUCUUCCAGAGGUGAAGCGUGUCAAGGAGACGCAGAAGCACAUCAGUUCGGUGUUGUACAAAGAGGACCUAGGGACAGGUAUCCCAACUCCUGUCACUCCAGAAAUAGAGAGAGUCAAACGCAAUCAAGAACACAUUAGCUCGGUGUUAUACAAAGAGGGCCUAGGGACUGGCAUCCCCACACCGGUUACUCCAGAGAUGGAGAGAGCCAAACGUAACCAAGAGAACAUUAGCUCGGUGGUGUACAAAGAGGGGCUGGGGGUUGGAACCCCAGUACCUGUCACUCCUGAGAUGGAGAGGGUCAAACGCAAUCAAGAAAACUUUAGCUCGGUGUUGUACAAAGAGGACCUGGGGACAGGAACCCCCACUCCUGUCACUCCUGAGAUUGAGAGAGUCAAACGCAAUCAAGAGAACUUUAGCUCGGUGUUGUACAAAGAGGACCUGGGGACAGGAACCCCCACUCCUGUCACUCCUGAGAUUGAGAGAGUCAAACGCAAUCAAGAGAACUUUAGCUCGGUGUUGUACAGAGAGGAUCUGGGGACAGGAACCCCGAUACCUGUCACUCCCGAGGUUGAGAGAGUCAAACGCAAUCAAGAACACAUUAGCUCGGUGUUGUACAAGGAGAGCGUGGGGACUGGGACCCCCACUCCUGUCACUCCAGAGAUGGAGAGGGUCAAACGCAAUCAAGAAAUCUGUAGCUCGGUGUUGUAUAAAGAAAACAUAGGGAAGGCAACCCCAACUCCGGUCACUCCUGAGAUGGAAAGAGUCAAACGCAAUCAAGAAAUCAUUAGCUCGGUCUUGUACAAAGAAAAUGUGGGGAAAGUGACCCCAACACCCGUCACUCCAGAGAUGGAGAGAGUCAAACGCAAUCAAGAAAUCAUUAGCUCG